AUCUCCCUGCUCCCCAGCAAUAUUCCAUGGCAGUUAGGGCCCACUCAGCGGAAUGGGGCGAGGCCUUCUCUUGGAUUUGGAGCUCAGGUGCCUGAAAAGAGGUCUCCCCAUUCUUCCUCAGACACUAGGCUUGUGAUGGAACCUGAUCUGACUGAGGAAGAAGAUGAGGAGAUAAGAGCCAGCAGGAACAGGCGGUCACUCACGGAUCAGCGCCGCGACUCCGUGCUGCCCCUUCAGUGGAGAAUUAGACACAGUUCCCGCUGGAUGGUCCAGGUGGUGGCCUCCGAAUUCAGCCUGGUGGGCUUCCUCCUUCUUCUGGUCAUGGUCUUCUCCAAGAAAUGGCUGUACCCCUCUAAGAGUCGUUUCCAUCAGCGCUACCCCAAAAAUAUCACCAAUAGAGUCUACACCUCGAUCCAUAAAAUGUCCACAGGGCUUCUGUACGUCUGCAUAUCUGAAAGCUGCUCCAGUUCAGACAGUGGGAAAGACAGUUUUAAGCUGUGGACAGUCCAUCCACUUUUGGGGGUGGCUAAGAUAAGUUUCAUCCUGGCCUUGGGGCUGGGCUUUGCCCUCACCGCUUGGCUGCACCUGCCGUACCUGCCCCGCCUGCAGAGAAUGCCUUUCUUUGGCUUGAUUGGAAUCAUCCUGAGCUUCUGUGAAGUCACCUUCAUUUUCCUCACCCUCCUGUUGUUCCCCAUUAACCUCUGGAUCUACGAGCUGAAGAGAAACAUAUCGGUCCCCAUCGGGUGGAGCUAUUUCAUUGGCUGGCUAGUGUUCAUCCUGUAUCUUACCUGUGGGAUCCUUUGCUACCUCAACCAUAAAAGCUUCUGGAGCGUGAUGAUGGACAGUAGUUCCUCCUCCAUCGACAGUCCUUGCAACAGCAGGGCCACGGGGCCUCUGAUGAGUACCGAAAAGCCCUCCAGCAGCCAGAACGACGUCCUGGAUCCUGAUAAGGAGGAGGAUUAACCAAAAGGCACUAAGUUUAUCUAAAUGCAUCUUAGCCCCCUGCCCAGCCACCAUUGGCUAGGUCUGUCCUCAUCGCGACAAAGAAUGAGCACAGGAGGAUUUGGGGACCAGCCUGCGUUCCCCUCCCUCAACUCGGCCUCGUCUGUGGCUCAGGUGAUGUGGAAUAAAUUGUCCAUCUCUUCUU